GUCACACUUGGGUACGAAUUUACAAGUGCGACAGAGAGGCAACACGUCGAACGUGGUUCACGGUAAGCCCUCUGGGGGCCUACCGCGAAAACCGAAUUACGCAAAUUAAAUAAAUAAAUAAAUAAAUAUUAUAGGACAUUAUUACACAAAUUGACUAAGUCCCACAGUAAGCUCUAUAAGGCUUGUGUUGAGGGUACUUAGACAACGAUAUAUAUAAUAUAUAAAUAUUUAUAAAUACUUAAAUACAUAGAAAACACCCAUGACUCGGGAACAAAUAUCCAUGCUCAUCACACGAAUAAAUGCGAGGAUCUUUCUCUUUUACUCGUACUAAGACGUAAUUAGAGUGACAGAGAAAAAUGCCCGCAAUAGGGUUGUUUCCAAUUAUUUAAAACCUUUGUAUUACGUACUAUAUUAACCAAAAGGUGCCCUAAAAUUCAAUUUUUACCCUUAAAACGGCUUUAAAUAUGUUAAAUUAACAAAAUAUAUUUUGACAGAUGCUAUCGAGCCCAAACCGCUCUUUGAAAAUUGUGUGACGUCACGGUUUGACACAACUAUGUACAUACAGAACAAAAUUUGAUACUCAAGUCGUAGCCAUUUAGGUGGUGGGCAAGCUGGCUACGGCUUGAGUAUUAAAUUUUGUACUGAGAAUAGACAACCCCUUGGUUGAUCGCCUAAGAACUGUCAACAGUGUCCAACCGAGAGUUGUGACGUCAUCAGAAUCUUCAAUGCGUUUGGACUUGGGUCACGUGACGUGUGUUAAAAGAUAUUUUAAAUUCAAUAUUUACAAAAAUAUGCUUACUAGAGGUCCACUAAAGGUAGUUUAACAUGUUUUUAUAAUCCAUAAGAAUUUAUUGAGAUACAAUUCUGCCCUAAGAUUUGUAGAUGAAAACAAUCCUAUUGCCGAACUUCGAUUUUCGCGGUUAUAGCCCUGACCCGAUUUCGGGCCCGAGAAAGAAUAUUUUUCCUUUUCACCAAAUAUCAGCACCUCGUUUACAAUAUUUGAAAUGUAAAAAAAUGGUUCAUAUGCAAAAAUAUCAAACAUUGAACAUUUUUGGCAAUAAGAGACUAAGUAUUUUUUACAUUAGAAAUAUUGUUAAACGGAAAUCGAUUAACAGGCCCGAAAUCGGGACUGAUUUCGGGCCCGAUAUCGGGAAUUGUGGAUGUAUUUGGCGCAUCUGCCUUUUACUUUACUUUUCGAUCGGCGUUUGUCGAUAGUUUGUCAUUACUUUGUCAUAUUGGCUAAUACCGCCCCUCGGCUAUUGUAGGUACCUAUGAACUGGGGGCCUACCUCGAAAACCGAAAUUCGCAAAUUGGGGAGAUUAUUCUUUUUUACUCUCACUAUGACGUAAUUAGAGUGACAGAGAAAAAUGCCUGUAGACUUUAGAUCUAUAGAAAUUAGACGGCAGCUCUUAUUCUUACCUAUACAUAUAAUUGGCCCUGAUAUUUGUUAUCAUGUGUAGGUUGUUUUGCUCGAUCGCGAACGUCUCUUCGGGGACUGUUUCGUGUGAGUCAUCCUUUCGGCAAUUUGGGAGACGUCAAUGCCGGUCAAUGAGAUAACGUCUAUAUGGUCUACAAUAUAAUGAUAGACCUUUACACUUGCCGACCAUAACUUAUUUUUCGCGAGUCUCGCACUGCGAUCGAGCAAAACAAACUAUACUCUCGCACGCAGUGCCGGUGUUUUUUUAUAACUAAUAAAUUAUAAUAACUUAAAUUAAAUUAUAAAAUACUCAUGUAAAAUAAAAUUAAAUCUAGCAGACUAAAAAUGUCUUUAAAAAUAAAUUUGUUUUAUAAAUUAAAUCUCUUGUUUGUGUUAGUGUCGUUAUGCAGAGCAGCAGAAAGAUCUUUAUAUGACGAGAUCAAGGAGGAAAUAGACAAGUGUUGUGAAUAUGGAGAAGCCAAUGGCCUGACACUGUCUGAAUCUGAAGACUGCUGGUUCGAAGUGACGCCGGAAACUUCCCAGUAUGAGACUAUAUGCAAGCUAUCCAUGGAUAGGUGUUGCAAGGCGGUUUUCAAAAAGAAGAAUGAAUGCGAGUUUGGGGUCAACUUUACGCUUACUGCGAUGCAGUCUUGUGAGCGACUCAACGAUACAGCACAGAUGUGCUGCAACGAAUGCAAAAGGGGAAGGGAGUUUUUCUCGCACGAUCCGGAUAUCUGCGCAACACAGUUGCCGACAGGCAACAAAACGGAUCAGCUGCUGCCUGGUAAUGCCUUUAGGAUAUGCUGCGAGAUGGAUCGUUGCAAGCAGUCCUCUGAGAAUCAAUGCGAACAUUAUUGCACAGACAAAGGCGGAAUUGAUGUCGUAUGCAGCUGCAUGCUAGGGUACACACUUGGCGAGGAUGGCAAGAGUUGCCAAGACAUAGACGAAUGUGCUGACGGCCAGGUCGGCGAGGAGUGCGAAACCAAAGGAGCGAUCUGCGUCAACACACUUGGUGAUUAUAGAUGCGAUUGUCCCCCCAACUGCGUAACAGAAUGGUCACUAACUGGAAUACGUUGCACGGAUUGUGACACUAAUGUGACUAAACAUGAAACUGCUACCACUACUGAUCAACCGAUGGUGGUGUUGAUUGGCGGACCGGGACAAAAAAGUAAUAAGGAUGAAGGAGGAGAUACAGUUUCAACGGGAAAGGGCGACGCAACAGACAAAGAACAUAGGAAUAUCACUUGCAUUCAAGGACCUAAAGGCGAACGUGGACAAAUGGGGCCCAUGGGGGAUCCAGGACUACCCGGUUUUCCUGGACGUGCAGGUAUGCAUGGUAUGCCAGGUGAAAAAGGAGUUAUGGGGCCCAUGGGACUCCCAGGAAUACCUGGUGCUGUAGGAUUUCCAGGUGCACCGGGACUGCCAGGUGAACGCGGAGAAAUGGGGCCAAUGGGACCCCCAGGACUUUUAGGUUUUCCUGGAAGACGCGGACCGAAAGGUGAUCGCGGAGAAAUGGGACUCAAAGGUGAUCCUGGAUAUCCAGGUCUUCCUGGAAUAAGAGGUCCGAAAGGUGAAAAAGGAGAGCCAGGAUCACCAGUAUCACUAGGAUCGGACAUGUUUACAGAAAAAUAUUCUAGCUCUGGAGUACUACUAGUGAAACACAGUCAGACUCAAGAUAUCCCUUCAUGUCAUGCUGGGCAUGUUAAGCUUUGGGAAGGAUAUUCGCUUUUUUCCAAAGACUUGGGUAACGCUGGUUCCUGCGUAAGAAAAUUUACCGCGAUGCCAUUCCAGACAUGUUCGGCAAGCGACUGCAACAGCUAUUUAAGGAGAAAUGAUAACAGCUAUUGGUUGACAACUGGCGAACCUUUGGUGACAAACCAUGUUAUAGGACAAGAUAUCAAGAAGUACAUCUCGAGAUGCGUUGUCUGCGAAGUGCCACAUAACGCGAUGGCAGUGCAUAGUCAAAGUGUUAUUGACCCGAGCUGUCCGAUAGGCUGGGAUGCAUUGUGGACUGGAUACAGUUUUGCGACAUAUGCUGAGGACGCCAGCGCCGAAGCCCUCGCCAGCCCAGGCUCCUGUCUUUUGUACUUUAACAUGGUGCCAGUGAUAGAAUGCAGUGGUGAAGAAGGCUCCUGUCGCCAUCGUGUGAUCGGUGGGCGUCUUAGCUUCUGGUUGGCUGCCGUUGAUGAUGAGUUGUUGGCACCCGGACCGAGGAUUAUAUCGCAGAUUAACGCACGCUCUCAUGUGUCGAGAUGCGCUGUUUGUAGCAGAUCAUAAGAAAAACGUACGAUGGGCAGCCUGAUUCACUUCUCGUAGAUCUAGAAUCGAACCACGCUAAGUUUUUACACCAAGUGCUACGUCCUUCGAGCAACACUGGGAAGGGAGACGGCAUUCGUAUUUUUUUUUUAUACCACGACGGUGGCAAGCAAGCAUACGGCCCGCCUGAUGGUAAGCAGUCACCGUAGCCUAUGGACACCUGCAACUUCAGAGGUGUUUCAUGCGCGUUGCCGACCCUUUAAAAAUCUGUACACUCCUUUUUUGAAGAACCUCAUACUGUAGACCCUCGGGAAAACCUCAGCAGGUAGCUCAUUCAACAACCGGAGCGUGCGCGGGAGGAAGUUCCUCUUAAACAGCACAGUGCGUGACCAUUUAGGUUCUAGGGUGAGGAUGAACACCCUGCCGACGGCGGGCGGUGCGGUGAUAGAAAGUAGCCGUGGGCAUCAUGUCAAACAAUUCUUCAGAGCACAGCCCAUUGUACAAGCGGUAGAACACACAUAAGGAGGCAAAGUCUCUCCUUAGACUUAAAGGUUCAAUACCGCUUGUGAGUUUGGGAUCGUCGACGAUUCGUUAUUAUUUCCCCUCUACCGAAGCAUAGGUACAACUGUACCUAUUGCGGUGCAUGUUGUGACUCGUCCAUACACAAAAGAAGAUCGAGGUUGGCAACAUUAGUCUCUGACGUUUGUCAUUUUCUAUGUAUUUGUGUCGUCUUUACAGAUUGGAUUUUGUAUGUGCGAGUGAGAAGUGCGACUGUGUGCACGUUUCCCCCCGCAAAAAAUGGCAGAAUGAUUUGUUCGGUAAGAUAUCGCUUGGGCUCCUCCCUUCCGACGUGUCGGAAGCCGGUGUUGCUCGAAGGCUACGUCAAAUAUGGAACUUAUAGGGAUAGAUGUAUAUUCAUUCUUAGAUUCUUACUAUCAAGUUUGUGAAAAGUUAAGAGGAAAUAUUAGUGGUCAUUUUCCCAUUCUCGACCUUUUGUUCUUUGGAUUUUGUGACCCUAGACG